UGGAGACUGGCGUUCCGGGGAGCGGGUUUAGUGUGGGACCGGACGUAAGCGGAGCUCUUUGAUGUGGCGCCGGGUCUGCCUUGGUCCCAAGUGUGGCGAAGGGUGAAGAAGGAGGUCGGGGAGUGACUGCAGAGCCUCUCCUGAAUGGCUUCUCCUGUGAUGGUUGUGCGUCUCCCUCGGGGCCCUGAUGGACAGAGCAGAGGUUUUGAUCCAACGUCUGAACGCUACCAUGCCUUAGCACCUUCCUCCAUUCAAGCUUCAAACAAUUGUUCCAGUUCCUGCCUGAAGGAGGAGCAGCGAUCACGUUCUGUGCUCCGGGAACGCUUUUUGCGAAGUCUGAUUACAAUGACGGGGAAGCGAGUGACCUUUACGAUGUAUGAGCAGGUCACUGUCACUGCAACGUUCACUGCCUCUGACAUUGACAUCCUGAACUUCCAAGUUUCAGACUUGCAAACACCAUUAGGUGUUCAGAAGGAAGCGUUACUGCGCUGUACUGACAUUAUUGCUUGUACAUUUAACCUUUAACGCACGCAUACUAUUCAUUAGAAUGGCUGUUGAACCCUUCAGCUGCCUGGGUGAAAUCCGAGUCAUAACACUUGGGGUGAGAUCUUAUUCCUCUCUAUGUUGAGGAUUUCGACAUCAUUAAAAUACAUUUGUUCUCUGUAGGGGAAUUGCUCGUUGUCUGAGAUGAGAGGUAUAAAACACAGUGUUAUUAACAUUUCUAAAUUUUGUUUGUUCAGUAAAAAGCAGAAUAAAGGUUUUUUUUAGUUUUAGAGUAUGACUCCAAAG